AUGUCAAAUCAACAAGAAGUUAUUGAACAACAAAUCAAUACUAAAAUUGAAAUUGAUAAUCCAAAUGGUCAUCAAAUUAAAUAUGAUGGUGAAGCAAGAUUAAACAGAUAUGCUAAAAAAAAAUCAAUAUCUGAUAUCUUCACAGUUAUUGCUUCAGGUGUUGCAUUAAUCUCUGAUGGUUAUCAAAAUAAUUUAAUGACAAUGUUAAAUGCCUUAUUUGCUCAACAAUACGCAAAAGCAUAUACUGGUGAUAUGAAAACCGCUGUAUCAAAUGCUCUUUUAGUUGGUGAAAUCUUGGGUCAAUUUGGUAUUGGUAUUACAUGUGAUUAUAUGGGUAGAAAAGCUGCAAUUGUUUGGACUACAGUUAUGAUUGUUAUUGGUUCAAUCAUGGCAACUGCAGCUAAUGGUGUUACACAUACUGGGAUGUUUUGGAUGCUUGUUGUUUCAAGAGGUUUAAUUGGUGUUGGUGUUGGUGGUGAAUAUAGUGCAUGUUCAAGUGCAACUUCUGAAGCUGCUAAUGAAACUACAAAGAAAAGGGGUAGAAUUUUUUGUCUUGUUACAAAUUUACCAUUAUCAUUAGGUGGUCCUUUUGCUAUUAUUGUGUUUUUGAUUGUUUUGAGUGCUGCGGGGGUUAAACAUUUAGAAGUUGUUUGGAGGGUUUGUUUUGGGUUAGGUAUUAUUUGGCCAGUUAGUAUUUUCUAUUUUAGAUACAAGAUGGCUGCAUCACAUUUAUAUAAAACUUCAGCAAUGAAGAAAAAUGUUCCAUAUUUAUUAGUUUUAAAAUAUUAUUGGCCAAGAUUAUUAGGUACUUGUGGUUGUUGGUUUAUUUAUGAUUUUGUUACUUUCCCAAAUGGUAUUUUUUCAUCAACAAUUAUUGCAAGUGUUUUAGAUGAUACAAAAGAUUUGAAAAAAGUUGCAGAAUGGACUUUAUUAUUAACAAUUAUCGCAUUACCAGGUGUUAUUCUUGGUGCAUUAGUUGUUGAUAAAUGGGGUAGAAAAUAUUGUUUAAUGGUUGGGUUUUCAGGUUAUUUAGUUAUUGGUUUAGUUAUUGGAUGUGCUUAUAACAAGAUCAAGGAAAUUACACCAUUAUUUAUUAUCUUUUAUGGUAUUUUUAAUAGUUUUGGUAAUUUUGGUCCUGGUAAUUGUAUGGGUUUAACAUCAUCUGAAAGUUAUGCUACACCGGUUCGUGGUACUUUAUAUGGUAUUUCAGCUGCAAUGGGUAAAGUUGGUGCUGCAGUUGGUACACAAUGUUUCACCAAGAUUCAAGAAAACUUGGGUAAACAAUGGACUUUUAUCAUUGCUGCUAUAUUGGGUUCUGUUGGUGUUGUAUUAGCAUUUUUCACAAUUCCACAUUUAAAAGAAGAUGAUUUAUUAAUGGAAGAUAUCUUGUUUGAAAAAUACUUGAGAGAAAAUGGUUAUAAAGGACAAAUUGGUUUACAAGAUGGAUCUUCAACUACUGAUGAUUAUAGUUCUGUGGAAAGAAUCACUAUUGAUGAACCAUUAAAGAAUGAUGAUUCUCGUAAAACAUCAAUUUGA